AUGGGAGUCGACUGUGCAGUAGAGUCUGCAGCAUCAACUGAUUUCUCAGUCGGAUCUGCAGUUGGUGGCAUUGUUGCUGCAUUGGUUAUCAUAGCUGUGGUCAUCGUUAUCAUCGUAUUUGUCAGGAGACGAAAACUGAACACAAAAGAUCAGACUGGGCGUAGGUCUGUUCCAGAGAAGACGGAAAACAUUCUAGAAAAGGCACAUGGUGCAGCUGACGGACCUAUCUACGUCAAUGUCGAACCAUCUGCAAGAAAUUCAACUGAAAACCUUGACAUAGACGAGACAAACGUCAGUGAUGUAGUGCCGGUAGUUGAUAGAGGAGAACCUGCAGGCGAACAGACAGAUGAUGAGGAGGAGGAGGUCCAGGAUUCUAACACGUAUUACAAUGCUGAUCAACCAGCUCCUCCUCCGUCCAAUCUGCCAGAAGAAGGCUUUGACGUCUCAGAACUUGAAGGUAUCAUAGAGAACAUCAGGAGACAGCCUGGAGGAUUUGAAGCAGAAUAUCUCAAACUACCAAGUGGGUUCAAGCAUCCAUACACCGAUUCACAGAUACAAGAAAACAGAUGCAAGAACAGAUUUGCUGGUUACUACCCCUAUAACAAUAAUCGUGUGAAACUAUCUUUGCUGCCAACCAUUCCACACUCUGACUACAUCAACGCCAGUUACGUCGAUGUAA